AUGGCAAAACAUUAUACUCGUGCAGUUCUGGGGAAGGAGCCUGGUGGGUCUCCCACAGAUGCGAUUGACCUUUCUGAUGUGGAAGAGGUGGGUGACGACAUUGAGGAGGUUAAAGCGAGUGUUCGUGAUCUGAGUUCGCCUGAGGUUGAACGGUUUGUCGAGACUAUGCUUAAAAUGGAACGUCGUACGAGAGGUGAUAGGGCUAAGGGGAAGAACCUGGAGAGCCUGGAGAAGGCGGAGAAGCUGGAGAAUGAUUCUGGAAAGAAGGCUAAGAAGCUGGAAAGGAAGAAGAUUAAAAAGCCGGAAUUGGACGAUGUGGACAAGAAGCCUUCGAAGAAGGCUUCGGGGAAGAAUGAAACCCCCGAAGUGGACUCCGAGAAGGAAGAUGAAGAGAAAGCUGCGGCAGACGAGCCAGUGGCUUCGGAUUCGGCUUCGGAGGAUAUCACUUUCUUGGACGAAAAGGAACUGCUGCCUCGCCAGUUGCGUAAACGUCGUGCUUCCCUGAACGGUCUAGUGAAUAAAACUCCGAAGAAGAGUAGGGCAACCAAGAAGAAGGAGGAAGCUGACUCGAAAGAAGACAAAAAUGGUGAUAUUAAGAAAGAGGAACAUCAAGAUUCACAGGAACCCCCCGGAUCUGACGCUUCUAAGAUUGAAGAUGGCUCGGCGCAGCCUGAGUCUGACCCAGAGUCGAGUUUUGAAGACGAAAAUGAUGUCAAACCAGAAUAUAAGCCCAGGUCUGGUCGUACCAAGACCCGUGGUCUGUCCAGAAGCAUAAAGGCCGAAAACUCAAACCCGGAGGACCCUAUUAAUGUCGAUGAAUCUAAUAUUAGUGAAUCUGAGGACGAUAUAAUGGAGAGCCCUGCAGUGAUAGAAAUCGGCAGUGAUAGCGACAAUGAUGGCGAAGAAGAAGUGAGAAAUAUUCCUCACACAAGCUCGGCAGGCCCUCGUUCCCAAAUUCAGCUUCUUUCUAACUUCAGUCAUGAACUUACCUCGCUGACGCCAGACCAUAGUAUUAACGUGGAUACCGUGAGUUUCCACGAACUCAUUGGCGCUGAGGAUUUGGCGGAAACAGUCCAGUUUAAUUUUAAUGUUGAUAUCGACUACUUCAUUAACUUCCUUCAUCCUGAGUUUCUCAAGAAACGCCGGAAGCUUACGUUUGUCACAGGAACCCCAUUCUUAUCUUCCCAUCCCAGGCGUAAGGAUAUUGAGAAAAAGUGUAACAUAGAGGAAAUUAUCGCCAAUCUUCCCAACCGUUUUGCCUCCCAUCACACUAAAAUGAUGAUCAACUUCUUUAAUGCUGGUGCCGUUGAGAUUGUUAUCAUGACUGCUAACAUCACUCAACUUGACUUCAAUGGGCUCACGCAAGCUUGUUGGAGAUCGGGAAAGCUAUAUCCUGGAAAAACCACCGGCCUCACUGGAAAGCAAUUCAGAUUGGAUUUAAUGCGCUACUUGGCUUCUUACAAACAGGAGGUGACAAACACCUUGCUCAAAAAGCUUGAUCAUCUUGAUUACAGUGACAUUAAAGUGGCGCUUGUUGCUUCCGCUCCAGGAACAUACAAAAUGAGUGAUAUUGAAAGGGGUGAUGUUUAUGGUUUUGGAAAACUCAGACAAGCACUUGAAAGGAACGACCUUUUAAUUGAUUCGAAUAAAGGUACGCAUAACGUCUUGGCGCAGGUUACCUCGAUGGCGUACCCUUUCAGAAGUACUAAAGGACAGACUGCUUCGGUAUUCAGUCAUUUACUAUGCCCACUUUUCUUCAAAGAAUGGAAGAAAGAUCUUGCUCCGGGUGCUUACUCCUUCGAGGAGCACCAAGAGGACUACAGCUAUAGGCCGCAUAUACUUUUCCCAACUGUUGAAGACGUGAGACACAGUAACUUUGGGUAUAUGAGUGGGUCCGCUUUACACUUCAAGUAUGAAGAUACUGCAACACAUCGUGCACAAUACGAGCAAAACUUACGCCCUUACUUGCGGAAGUGGAAUUAUGGUGAAACUAAAACAGGUCGUGAGUUAGUUCCGCCUCAUGUCAAGUACUAUGCUGUGGAUAACGCAGACGGCUGGAAAUCACUUAAGUGGGUCCUCAUAGGGAGCCAUAAUCUUUCAAAACAGGCCUGGGGUCUGCCGGUGCAACGUACGAACGGGGAAACGUACGAGGUUGGAAGCUACGAGCUUAGUAUUUUAAUACCCCGAAAAGAGAAGCCUCUUGUUGCUUCUUACAAGAGAGAUACUUUGGAAAAUGCCGGCAAGGAGCCAGUGCGUUUCCCCUUCAGCUUGCCUCCAACGUCUUACAGCCUGUCAGACAAGCCAUGGAGCCCAGGCUCAAACUUAGGCAGCAAAAAGGACCGCUGGGUGCAAGGUUUCAAAACCUUCAAGGCAACCACGGUGGUGGACGACUUGUCGCCCGAAUUCAACGUUGUGGUGGGCAGAAACGGGUCGGGUAAAUCCAACUUCUUCGCUGCCAUCAGGUUCGUGCUUUCUGAUGCGUAUACACAUAUGACGAGGGAGGAGCGUCAGGGGCUCAUUCAUGAAGGCUCUGGAACGGUGAUGUCAGCAUUUGUGGAGAUUCUUUUUGAUAAUAGUGAUAAGAGGUUUCCUCUUCCUCAUGAUGAGGUUGCAAUCAGAAGAACCAUUGGGUUGAAGAAAGAUGACUAUUCGCUUGAUGGAAAGCUUGUCACGAGGUCUGAUGUUAUGAACUUGCUAGAGAGUGCUGGCUUCUCCAGACUGAACCCGUACUAUAUUGUUCCUCAGGGCAGAAUCACGUCGAUAACGAAUUCGAGGGAUUCAGAGAGAUUGAACUUGUUGAAGGAUGUCAGUGGCGCUAAAGUGUUCGAGACCAAGCUUAAGGAAUCUUCACGCGAGAUGUCCAACUCAGAUUUGAAAAUGCAGCGUAUUAUUGAGGCCAUGGAGAGGCUUGAUAAUAAGUUGGCUGACUUGGCCAUCGAGCUGAAUGAUUUGAAGGAUUUCCAGUCGUUUGAAAGCAACAGGAAAGUGCUUGAGUUCCACUUGUUCGAUCGUGAAUUGACCAACCUUAAUACCCAAAACGAAACCCUCGAGGAAUCCUACGAUGCCUUGUUACAUCAGACGAGGAAAGACCUUGAGGAUAUCGAGAAACGCGAGAAAUUGUGCGAGGACCUUCUGGGCAAAAUGAAGAGCAUCCGUCAUUCCAUUACCUUAGCGACCCUUGAGAAACAGCAGGCUGAUUCCGACUACUAUCGCAUUCUUCAGGAGAUUGGUGUGAAGGAGGCCAAUGAAAAAGAGCUCGAGGCUAGUCUUGGAAAUGCUCAAAGCGAAGCACAAGAACACGCUCAGAAACGUGAGAAAUUUAGUGCUCUCCUCCAAGCUCACGAAGAGAAGAUCAACAGCGAGCUCAGACCGCAGUUAAAUAAGCUUCUCGAGGAAGAGACUCGCCUCAAGGAAGAGAUCAACAAACUUGGAGCCAAACAAUCGGCUCUCUACUCUAAACAAAGCAGAUUCCAAAGUUUCUCAGAUAAAGAUGGCAGAGAUAAUUGGCUCAAGGAGCAGUUAACGGGAUUGAAUGAUUUGCUCGAGACUAAACGUGCUGAACACGAGAAGGCGUUAGAAGAAUACUCUGAACUUGAAACACAGUUUACUGACGUCAAAAAGCUAGUCAAAGAGAGCAGAGUAAAGUCAGAUCAAGGAGCAUCGCAGAUGGCCGACAAAAACAUAGAUGCUGAAGUCAGCAAAACCAAGGGCCAUGUUGCCGAGCUUACCGAGAAAAGGAAAGCGCUUUGGAGAGAAGAUAUCAAACUUCGAUCUCUUCACGAGGCAACCGAAUUGGAACUUUCCGAUGCCAACCAUAAGGUGAGUCAGACAAUGGCACGCUCUCAGGCGGAAGGUUUAAAGGAAGUGCAGAACAUCACAGAACGUCUCAACUUACAGGGAUCUGUUUAUGGUCCACUUUCAGACCUUUUCGUUGUAUCUGACAAGUAUAAGACUGCAGUGGAAGUCAUCGCCGGUACCUCCUUGUUCCAUGUAGUCGUUGACAACGAUGAGACAGCGCUGAUCAUCAUGAAGGAGUUGCAAAGACUUAAGAAAGGAAGGGUGACUUUUAUGCCUUUGAACAGAAUCUACACUCCACCAAUUUCAUUCCCUGACCAGGAAGAGCAGGAGUUCAUUCCGCUUAUCAAGAAGAUCAGACAUGAUGAAGACUUGGUUGGAAAAGCUAUUGAGCAUGUUUUCGGUAGAGCAAUUGUUUGCAAAGAUCUUCACCGUGGUGCUGAGCUCGCACGGAUGCAUAAGCUUACUGCCAUUACAUUAGAUGGUGAUCGUGCCAGUAACCAAGGUGUUAUGACUGGUGGUUUUAGAGAGUAUAAAAACUCCAGACUCGAUGCGCUCAGAAUUCAAACAAAGAAGAGAAAUGAACUUAAGAGGUUACUGGAGGCUAUUAAGGUGUGUGCUGGAAACUUACUGGAUGUGGAUAAGGAACUAUCAGAAACGAAUGUCAAACUCGAUGAACAACUUAACGAAUUGAAUACCAUGAAAUUAGAUCGCGAGAGACGAAAGGCAGAGUUGAGUCAGCGUCUCAACAACAAGUUCAUGAUCGAGAAGAAGCUCUUGACUGCUAACAGAGAUGCAUCGAAUGUUGCUAACACGUUGCGUUCCAUUGAAGCGAAAAAGGUCCAAUUUACUGAUGAGCUUGCCUCUGAUUUCACGGUCCAAUUGAGCGAAGCUGAAAUGCAAAAGCUUGCUGAUAUCAAUCAAGAGCUCGAGAAAUGCGAAGGCCGUCUUGAUACUAUCGUCUCCGAGGUGUCCUUGAAGGAAACUGAGAUUGCCAAGUUGGAAGCAGAAUGUGUUCAAUGGAACUCACACUUGUCUGUUGAAUUUAAUGAAUUCAGCGAACGUGAAAGAAGUAUCGAGCUUACUACAUUGCAAAAGGAGCUUGGUUCAUUGCGCUCAAAGGUUUCCGCCGUCAAGCGUAACUGCGACAAUACAAAUAAAGAGUUGGAGAAACUUAAUACUAAGAUGACGGAUAACCAGAAGAAACUUGAUGACGCUAACAAAGAGCAAGCUUCACUGGUAAAGCGCCUCGAGAAAUUAAGCAAGAAGACUGAGAACAUCCAAUCGAAGAGAUCCAUUCUCGACGCUAGAAGAAAGGAACUUCAGGCUAAGGUGGGUAACCUUGGUGUCUUGCCCGAAGAAGCAUUCGAAGCUAACAAGUUUGAAGAACGUACGCUGGACGACCUUCUCGCAGAGCUCACGUCGGUGAACGGCGAGCUUAAGAAGUAUGCUCAUAUCAACAAGAAGGCGAUGGAACAGUUCAAUACGUUCAAGAGAGAACAGGAAGAUCUUGUUACCAGAAAAGACGAGUUGGUGAGAUCUAAGGAAUCUAUUGAGAAGCUUAUUGAGUCCUUGAGCCAGCAGAAGCACCAUGCCAUCAUGAACUGUUUCCGCCAAGUCUCGAAGAGUUUCCACGAGAUCUUCGAGAAACUUGUCCCUAAUGGUGCCGGUGAAUUGGUAUUACUUCGGAAAGAGGGUGUUACAGACGACCAAUCUCCAGAUCUCUACAAUGGUGUGUCGCUUACUGUCUCGUUCAACUCCAAGAGCGACGAACAACAACACAUUGAGCAGUUAUCCGGUGGCCAGAAGUCUCUUUGUGCCAUAGCACUCAUCCUCGCUAUCCAGAGAUGCGAUCCAGCUCCAUUCUACUUGUUUGACGAGAUUGAUGCCAACUUGGACACACAAUACCGUACUGCUGUGGCCAACAUGAUCAAGUCGUUAGCGCAAGAUGCCCAAUUCAUCUGUACCACUUUCAGACCUGAAAUGCUUCAAGCCGCCGGUAACUUUUACGGUGUUUCUUUUGCAGACAAGGUCAGCAGCAUCACUGGAAUCGAAAGAUCUGAAGCCCUUCUGUUCGUGGAAGGCCAGCGAUAA